CUUGCCCAUCACUAGUAUUAACAAACACAAGCAGCAGUUUUUUUUAGAUAGCGCAUCGCCUUUAAUUAUUAGCUAAAUAAGUUUCUUUUUAACUUUAAGCUUUCAACGCCGUGUAACAAAUCCAGUUUACUAAUGUCCAUAACCCUACUGCGAGGUGGCAAGCAAAAGACAAGCAACUGUGUAGGAAUGACCGUAAUGGCCAAAACUACGUUUGAAGAAAUAUGCGAGAAUGCCAAAUUAGCCAGGGACAUGGCGCUGACGGGUAACUAUGACUCGGCCUGCAUCUACUACGAGGGAUUGCAGGGAUUGCUGGCACGCCAGCUCAAGGCCACAGCGGAUCCCAUGCGGAAGGGCAAGUGGAGCAUGAUCAACCAGCAGAUCAGCCAGGAGCAUGCCAAAGUCAAGGCCAUACAACGCACACUGCAGGACAUAUCACUGGAUUUGCAGAGCACCAAAUUUGCCCACAAGCUGCGACACCAGCUAAGCGAUGAGGGCAAUGUGAGCAAAGAUCCCGCCGCCUGGUUCAAGCCCGAUCCAGAUAUUUGGACACCACCACCCAAGGAUCCAGAUGUCUGGGGUCCGCCCAAGCCCCCACCCUCGUCCUCGACCAGCACCACACAGGUUGUGGGCCGGCGAGCCGCUGCCAACAGUCGACGCACCACCAGCACCGCUCCGCAGAGCAACCGUCCCAGCACAAUCCCACAGAGCACGAACCGAAACGGCCCGAGCACGGCGCGCAAUGCCCGCAACUCGUCCGCCGCCGCCUCCACAUCGAACAGUGCACGUGCCUCCAAUGGCCGGGCGGGGGGGCGCAAACUUUCCACCUCAAACAACGAUCGCAAUGCCAACAACAACGACAGCAAGGAUGAGGACUCCGUGGCAGCCAGCAAUGGCGGCGGACCGGGCGACGGUGAAGGCGGUGACUCGCAGGCGGGCGAAGAGGAGCGCAAGUUCCAGCCAAACAAUCACAUCGAAGCCGAGCUGGUCGACAUUCUUGAGCGUGAUAUACUGCAAAGGGAUCCCAAGGUGCGAUGGAGCGACAUUGCAGAUCUGCAAGAUGCCAAGCGGCUGCUGGAGGAGGCUGUGGUAUUGCCCAUGCUGAUGCCAGACUAUUUCAAGGGCAUUCGACGGCCAUGGAAGGGUGUGCUGAUGGUCGGACCACCGGGCACGGGAAAAACGAUGCUGGCCAAGGCAGUGGCCACCGAAUGCGGAACAACCUUUUUCAAUGUCAGCUCUGCCACGCUCACCUCCAAGUAUCGCGGCGAAUCGGAGAAGAUGGUGCGACUACUGUUCGAAAUGGCGCGCUUCUAUGCGCCCAGCACGAUCUUCAUCGAUGAGAUUGACUCGCUGUGCUCGCGCAGGGGGUCGGAAACGGAGCACGAGGCCUCGCGACGCGUCAAAUCGGAGCUGCUGGUGCAGAUGGACGGCGUGGGCGGUGGCGAGGAGCAGGCCAAAGUUGUUAUGGUGCUGGCAGCCACCAAUUUUCCCUGGGACAUUGAUGAGGCGCUGCGCAGGCGGCUUGAGAAGCGCAUUUACAUACCACUGCCGUCGGAUGAGGGGCGCGAGGCGCUGCUCAAGAUCAAUCUGCGCGAGGUGAAAGUGGACGAUACGGUGGAUCUCACCUACGUGGCCAACGAGCUAAAGGGCUACUCCGGAGCGGACAUUACCAAUGUUUGCAGGGAGGCCAGCAUGAUGUCCAUGCGGCGGAAGAUUGCUGGCCUGACGCCCGAGCAGAUCAGGCAGCUGGCCACCGAAGAGGUGGACCUGCCCGUGUCCAACAAGGACUUCAACGAGGCCAUGAGUCGCUGCAACAAGAGCGUGUCCAGAGCGGAUCUAGAUAAGUACGAGAAGUGGAUGAAGGAGUUUGGCUCAUCAUGAUGGCGUUACCGUUACCAUUACCAUUACCCUCACCCUCCCCCUGCCUCGUUACAAUUUGUGGCAAUUGUACGAAUAUAUUUUUGAAUACCCUAACAAUAGGCGCUUAAGUUAUUAAGCUUUUAAAAAGAGAUCCUAACCGAACCGAACCGUACCGAUCCGAUCCGCCCGGAGGAAUAGUUGAACAUAUUUUAUAUAUAACAUUUUGCAUAUACACACAUACGAUAUGAACUAAAUAUUUACAUAUAUAUAUACACAUACGAUGGAAACGGCAGCCGUUGGAAUUACAAAACAAAAGACUAAUCGUUCUCUAAGAGGAAAAACCCAAUGAAACGAAAUGCAAAUCUGAAAUUGAAACGAAUUGAAAUCGAAAGAUAGGCAAUAUGUUUAUACUAUAUAUACACACACACACAUACACCCACUCUAUAGAUAGAUAGAGAUAACAACCCACGCAACAAUCACACACAACAAGCACCACACAAUCCUCCUUCCUUCCUAUACUUAUAGUUUACCCAAUCAGCACUCUAUGCUCUAUAUAUAUACACACGAUAAGGAAUCGCUUUAAACGCCGCCUAGCCUUGGGCCCCCCCACCCCCAUCCAUCAUGCUCCAUAAAUUGUUUUUAUCCAAAAAGUUGUAUUUUUAACAAGCAAAGAAAAGCAAACGUAACGUAUCGUUCACUGUCUAACAUUUAAUAUUAACUUUCGCUUAAUUUAUACAUUACAUUACAUUACAUACUAUACAUAUAUCAUAGUUUAGUGCAGUGCAGGCAGAUCAUGGCAGAUGUCAGAUCAGAUCUAUAGAGCAACUCAAAAAAUGUAAUUUAAUUUAAUUAAACACAAACAAAACAAAACAAACGUUCCCAUUGUCCAUUUGUCGAUUCGUCAGCGGAAGAACCUGAAGCAAUAUGUACUUAAAGUGAAGAUUCUAUUCUGAAAUUUUAAACAAUAAACACCAGUUUUUAACUCGA